CACGGGGGACCCCUCAGCUCCACCCCUGCAGAUUCCAGGGCCUCCCCCAGCCUGCCCCAUGCCCCCGCAGGAUCCGGCCUCGGAGCCAGCGCCGCUGUCACCAUGGGCAACAUCUUCGGGAACCUGCUGAAGAGCCUGAUUGGGAAGAAGGAGAUGAGGAUCCUGAUGGUGGGGCUGGACGCUGCUGGGAAGACCACCAUCCUCUACAAGCUCAAACUGGGGGAGAUCGUCACCACCAUCCCCACCAUCGGGUUCAACGUGGAGACAGUGGAGUACAAGAACAUCAGCUUCACCGUGUGGGAUGUGGGUGGGCAGGACAAGAUCCGGCCCCUCUGGAGGCAUUACUUCCAAAACACCCAGGGGCUGAUCUUCGUGGUGGACAGCAACGACCGGGAGCGGGUGAACGAGGCGCGGGAGGAGCUGAUGCGGAUGCUGGCGGAGGAUGAGCUGAGGGACGCCGUCCUCCUCGUCUUCGCCAACAAACAGGACCUGCCCAACGCCAUGAACGCAGCGGAGAUCACGGACAAGCUGGGGCUGCACUCCCUGCGCCACCGUAACUGGUACAUCCAGGCCACCUGUGCCACCAGCGGGGAUGGGCUCUACGAGGGCCUCGACUGGCUUGCCAACCAGCUCAAGAACAAGAAGUGAGGGGAGGUCCCCCUGUGCCCCCUCGGCUCCCCCUGGGCUGUGCCAGGGCCCCCCCCGGCCGCCCCCUCCCUGCCCCGGUUGGGUUUUGCUUUCUUCUGGCACCGGUUGCUGUGGGGUUUUUCGCCUUUUUUGGGGUCCCCCUGGUUCCCCUCGGAUCUCGUGUGUGCGUGCGUGGAAUUAGAGCUCUAUAUAACGCCCAGGGGGGCAGGAGCAGAGCCCCGGGAGGGUGGGACAGGGGCUGGGGUGGCCACCUCAGCACUGCCCUGCCUGGGGGGGGCCAGGGACACCCUGUCCCCAUGCAUGACCCUGCACCCCUCGCCUUCCUCUGGACCAAAUGUGGGGGCAGCAGGGCCAUGGGGGGGGAUUUGGGACUACACACCUCCCCUUCCCUCCCAGCACCCCCUCCCGGCCCCACGUGCCCCCCUCGGGCAUCCCACACGUCCCCCCCAUGUCACUUUGAGGCAGGUCUCCUUCCCGCAGCGCGACCCCCGCAGAGGUGGGGGGCACACGGGGCUGCCAGGACCUCUGCGGUCCCCCUGGCCAUGCCCUCCUCCUCGCCCUGGCCGCCUGCCCCCCUCCUGCCCCCAUGCCAGCAUAGUGAUUGUAUGUCCCUGCCCCUCACGGACGGACAGUGUCCCCCCCCAACCCCGUACUGUGCCCCCCCAUCCCCAGCACCGUAUUUAUACCCCCGGUCUGUGCUUGGUGUGACGUGUCGCCGCGGCUCUGCCCUGUCCAGGGACGUGUGUUCUCAGCCCCCCCCCCCAGCCCCCAGCGCCUGAGACGGUGGGUGACCUCCCCUGACCCCCCCCUUGGAUAUUAAACAUGUUUUAUGUA